CGGCGCGGGGCGGGGCCGGCGGGCGGGCGGCGCAGCGUCGCUGCGAUGGCGGUGAGCCGGCUGCUGGCGCUCCGGCUGGCCUACGCGGCGGCCGGCGCCCUCACCGGCCUCUCGGCCUUCUUCACCUGGAGCCUCGCGCCGGCCUUCCGGCAGCCCGCCACGGCGGCGGCGGGGGGCCUCUCGGGUGUUCUGGCGCUCUGGGCCCUAAUCACGCAUGUGAUGUAUGUGCAGGAUUACUGGAGGACCUGGUUAAAAGGGCUGAGGUUCUUCCUCUUCAUCGGGAUCCUCUUCUCAGCUCUCUCAGUGGUGGGAUUCUGCACAUUCCUUGUUUUGGCCAUCACCAAGCAUCAGUCCCUGACUGAUCCCAGAAGCUACUACCUGUCAUGCGUCUGGAGUUUCAUCUCCUUGAAGUGGGCCUUCCUGCUUAGUUUGUAUGCUUACCGGUACAGGAAUGAGUUUGCAGACAUCAGUAUCCUCAGUGACUUCUAACGCUUGGACUUCAAUCCUGUCUGAAGGUGCUGGAUGUUUGAAUUGCCCCCCAAAGGCAUGGUACAUGCAAGAGACGUAUGAGAGGUGGAGAAGGAACCCACCCAGUGCUGCUCGGUUUGUCUUUCAGCGGUAGGGGUUUUUUCCUAAUUGCUUUUACUCAACCAUUUAAAGUUUGGCUAAUGACGUCAGUCUAGUCUUUCUGUAACUUUCCUGUGUCUGGUAGUGAGGUGAAAGACUCCAUGUGCUUACAUGCAGCAGGCCUAGAUCCGUUCUUUGUGUUGUUCCGAAGUCCAGGGGAGCUUUCCAGCGGGUAGGAGGUCCUGGGCCCUUCAGGAGCUGUAGGUUCUUACCUCACAGGUGCAGCACCCUGACAUCUUGUUCAUGCGAGUGCAUCGCCAGCCUGCUGGAGAUGGGUGCCUUGGAUGUGUGUAGCAGAGAUCACUGCUGUGUGAAAGCUGGCUUCUUCUGCACUGCUCUGCUUCUCAGAGUGGAGAGAUGAGCAUUUCAUUGUGGCAGGAGGUCCCUAUGUACCUUCCAGCCAGCACCCCGCAUCUUCCAGUAUUUUGUUUUCAGACAUUGUACGCAAAGCCAGCUCUCUCCUAUGGUCUGGAUGAGCCUGAAGGGAUGCGCCAGCAGCAGAGAAGCACUAGUCAUCUCAAGGCUCUGUCAGAGGCAGAGAAUGCUGUUUCUGGCUGCUAUCCAGGAUCACUUCAAAAAGAAACUUUAUUCCAUAUUUAACGCUCAAAUUGGUAGCAUGUAGAAUCAGGUGUUUGGGUGAAAGAUGUGCUAGGCAAAGGCUUACCUACCUGAACCUCCGGAGAAACAUGAAUAUGAUUCUUAUAAAAAAAAAAAAAAGCAGUUCUGUGUUUCCUUUUCUUUGCUUAGCUUCCCUGUAACAGCAGGGUGAGAGAGGGAAGGAGACAUGGUACUCAAAAAUAAGAAAAGUAUCCAGAGUCAGCUCCCAGCAAGCCUCUGUAAUGAGUGUCACUGGUAUAAUGCAACCUUGGAUAAAUUGCUGGGCUCUUGUGCAGUGAGUCAAGGCCUUACAGGUCUGCACUCAUGGGCUGGUGUGCUGGAAACAGCUGGGCUUGACUGGCACAUCUUUUGCCUGAUGGCUAUGAAGCUCUCCCUCUGCAUUUCAGCCAUGCGUGGCACUGCUCUGACAAACCUAAAACCUGAGUCAAUUUAGUGACCUCUUCAGUUUCUGUGUUUUGCUCCCUGUCAGCAGCUACCCUGAGAAGCUUGAAGCCUUCAAGUAUUUACAUUUUUCCUUGUUAACUGUAUCUGCUUCAGAUGAGCUAAAGGUUUUGGGCUGAUGCUCUGGCAGAAUCUGAGCCGGUGUUUUGCCAUGUUGGGCAGAUGGUGCUGGCCGCUACAAACUAAAAGUGGCAACGUCCAUGAAUAAUUCUGUAGGUGGAUGAGAAUAGAGGCAGGAGAAGCCCCUUUUCUCCUUGCAGACUGAUGGAAGAUAAACAAGGCAGGUAUUUGAAGGAGUCUCCCAGACGUGGUUGUCCUGCCACUUCUAUAGGUACUGCUGGAGCCUUCCUUGAAGAGCAUUUUUGGCAGUUGGUGGCAGAGGGUAGGUGAUGGGACCUGCUCAGGGUUUUGUGACCAAGUGAGGCGCAAGUGGAAUGUCCUGUGUGCUCUGUUGUCAGCUUUCUCUUGUGCCCCACAAAACCCCCAGUCUGGUUUUGUGCAGCUGGCUGCUGGGGAGUACCUUGGACUAUCCUUUCUGUUAUGUUAUCCUAGCAGUGCUCUGACCUUGCUGUGUUUGAAUCCCGCUCCACACUCAAAAGGCUCCAUCCACAGCUUUGCUGAUACGUGUUUCGCUUUGGAAGAUGGGUGGUUGAAGCACACCAUUCAAGUUGUUGAGGGGAUUUUGGAAGUGUUUGAUAACACCUGUUGAUAGCAUUCUCCUGUUUCUUGGGUGCGAAGAUCCUCAUGUGACUUAAUUAGACUGAGGAACAUCUUUGGGUCAAUGUAUGUACCAAGGUUACAGCCAGCUUUUGCCGGGGGACCUGUUGGAGUCACUAAGCCCAGACAAAGGCUGUGGAUGUGAAAUGUGCUUACUUAUGAGAUUAAUACUCAGGCUUUUAAAUACUAAAAUCUCCCUUACUGCUGAUGUCGGGCUUCCAGUGUGCCUGGCAGGGGAUGGAAUAGCUCAUCUCGCUUCUCUGCCCAAAGCCGUGGCACCCACUGUGGAGUUCACAAGUGGUUUUAGCAUCAGUCAUUUCAAUAAGCCAUCUCUUGUCUUAGGUUUCUUCCACACAACAUUGCCCACACAUUUGCUGUGCUGGGGCAAGCCUCAGCUCUGAUAACCAGACUGGUGUGAGUGCUCGGGAUGCAGAAAUCCCAACACCGGUCAGGCUGGUGGAGCUCUGCUACUGCCUUACACAGCACCAAAACAUUGUCCUUUUCUGUCACUAAAUUACAGAGCCCUCCAGCCUGCGUGCCACUGGCUUCGUUUUUGGGCAUGUGUCCAAAAGUCCUAUCAGCUUACCCCAGAGUUUUUUAAAGUUUAUUUUUGUGACUGUAAACUUGCCUACAAACAGCUCACUGAAUCCAACCCCUGUUUUCACCCUGACAUGUUUUAGCUCUGAAAUUUAUACGUGCAUCUCAGCUUUUUAAAAGAUGUGUAUGUAAAUAUAUAAUAUAUUUUUACAUUGUUUAUGCUUUGUUUGCACGCUUGGUGUAAGAUUUGGUCCUGCGGUGGGAUGAUGUAACUCACAGUGGGGUUCAUUUGUGUGUAUCCUGGUGUCUCCUUGUACUAAACGACACUAUAACUUGUAUGUUACACCACAGUAAGAGCAGAAAUACAGUCAUCUUUCUCACCAAACAA